CAGAGAAAAUCUAAAAUCUCAGCCUCUAGGAAGCUCAUGCUAAAGAGCUUGAUGGUUGCACAAGCAAAGGAGGAGCUGGAGCAGGAAAUGGAAGAAAAGGAGGAGCAAAAGGCAAAAUACCUGGAAGAGAAACUUCCUCCAGCACCAGCCACUGGUUUGUCACUGGACGAGCUAAAGGCAUUAUGUGAAGAGCUGCAUUCCAGAAUAGAUGUAGUGGAUGAAGAACGGUAUGAUAUUGAAGCCAAGGUCUUGCACAACACCAGAGAGAUUAAAGAUCUGAACAUCAAAGUGCUGGACUUGAGAGGGAAGUUCAAAAGGCCCAAUCUGAGACGGGUCCGGGUCUCAGCUGAUGCCAUUCUUUGCUCCCUACUGGGCUCCAAGCACAAGGUGUCCAUGGAUAUGAGAGCCAACCUCAAAUCUGUGAAGAAGGAGGACACAGAAAAGGAAAAGACAGUGGAAGUGAAUGACUGGAGGAAGAAUGUGGAAGCCAUGUCAGGAAUGGAGGGGCGCAAGAAGAUGUUUGAUGCAGCCAAAGCCCAGAUCCAGUAAAACAGUGGGAGCAGAAGAAAAAGUCAGCUCUUAUCUUCUAAAGCAACAUCACUGUCAGUUCACAGAGUGUUGAAUGU